GAGCAAAGUAUCAUCCACAAAAUGACACGUCAAAUUUUUGGGAGAAAAACGACAGUGGAUGGUUACAGACAACUUGCACUGCAACCAUUAGUAUUUUGUGAAGCUCCUCAAUCAUCAUUAAGCAGAAGAAGCACCCUUUGGAGAUAUUUGCUUUGGUCUUGUUCAUUGACAUGGCAACUCGUAGAUUUUCAUGCCUCCUCUCUCGCUCUCUAUCGGCUUCUCUACUUCACUCACUUGGGAAAAACUCUAGCAAGUGGGGAAACGUUAACAGAUUCAGCACUGCAGCAGCAGUUGAUGAAUUAGUCACUCCACAAGUUCCAAUAACAUACACAAAGCAUAUGAUAAAUGGACAAUUUGUGGACGCUGCAUCAGGGAAAACCUUUCCAACAUAUGACCCCCGCACAGGAGAAGUGAUUGCUCAAAUUGCUGAAGGUGAUGCAGAAGAUAUCAACCGUGCAGUAUCAGCAGCUCGCAAGGCCUUUGAUGAAGGACCUUGGCCAAAAAUGACAGCUUACGAAAGAUGUAAGAUAAUUCUACGCUUCGCUGAUUUGGUUGAGAAACACAGUGAUGAAAUUGCAGCGCUUGAGACAUGGAACAGUGGAAAGACUUAUGAACAGUGUGCCAAUUCUGAAUUACCAUUAUUUGUGCGUUUGUUUCAUUACUAUGCUGGUUGGGCAGAUAAAAUCCAUGGCCUGACAGUGCCUGCUGAUGGAAAUUAUCAUGUGGAGACAUUGCAUGAGCCAAUUGGUGUUGCAGGACAAAUUAUACCUUGGAACUUUCCUCUCAUCAUGUUUGCUUGGAAAGUUGGACCAGCUCUUGCAACUGGAAAUACUGUCAUCCUUAAGACUGCUGAACAAACACCUUUAACAGCUCUCUAUGUGGCAAAACUAUUUCAUGAGGCUGGUCUUCCACCAGGUGUUUUGAAUAUAGUUUCUGGCUAUGGUCCAACUGCUGGUGCAGCUCUUGCAAGUCACAUGGAUGUUGACAAGCUAGCAUUCACCGGAUCUACCGAGACUGGAAAAAUUGUACUUGAAUUGGCCGCAAAAAGCAAUCUUAAGCCUGUGACAUUGGAGCUUGGUGGGAAAUCACCUUUCAUAGUGUGUGAGGAUGCUGAUGUUGACCAGGCUGUAGAACUUGCGCACUUUGCUCUGUUCUUUAACCAGGGGCAAUGUUGCUGUGCUGGGUCUCGUACCUUUGUACAUGAACGUAUCUAUGAUGAGUUCUUGGAGAAAUCAAAGGCUCGUGCUUUGAAACGUGUUGUUGGGGAUCCCUUCAAAAAGGGUGUCGAACAAGGACCUCAGAUUGACGUGGAACAAUUUCAGAAAGUCCUUAGGUACAUAAAGUCUGGUAUUGAAAGCAACGCUACCCUUGAAUGUGGUGGUGACAGAAUUGGUUCAAAAGGAUUCUUUGUCCAACCUACUGUCUUCUCAAAUGUUCAGGAUGACAUGUUGAUAGCAAAAGAUGAAAUCUUUGGCCCAGUUCAAUCCAUCUUGAAGUUCAAGGACAUUGAGGAAGUAAUUCGAAGGUCAAAUGCAACGCGUUAUGGUCUAGCUGCAGGUGUCUUCACUAAGAACGUGCACACAGCCAACACUUUGAUGCGAGCACUGAGGGUUGGAACUGUGUGGAUUAAUUGCUUUGAUGUUUUUGAUGCUGCAAUUCCUUUUGGAGGGUACAAGAUGAGUGGCAUUGGCAGGGAGAAGGGAAUUUACAGUCUCAACAAUUACCUGCAAGUUAAAGCUGUGGUUUCACCAUUGAAGAAUCCUGCAUGGCUGUGAAUCACUGAAUUGCUCAUACUUCUAUCAUUUUGUUCUUUAAGAGUCCUUUUGUAAUUAUGACAUCAUUUUCCACUGAGGCAAUGGCAUGCAUAAUGAAGGGUUGACUUUAAAAUAUAAGGUUAAGUGAUUAUGCAGAAUGUUAAACUAUAAUAUUCCUUAUAUUCAGAGUCCAAACAAUACAAAUUUAUGAGAAAUGCAUGUUUUUUUAAUGCAUUU